CAAUAAAUGAUUCUUUUGUCGCUCUCAGGUUCACCCGGAAGCCACUGGUUUAACGGUCUUGUAUCCCUAGCGCGCGUGAAGAUGGCAUCCCGUAAAGACACCCCGUCUGGAAAAACCCUGGAUACUCCCGUCAAACAAAUCCAGAUCGAAGGACUGGUGGUGAUGAAGAUCAUCAAGCAUUACCAGGAGGAAGGUCAGGGCAGUGAGGUGGUGCAGGGGGUGCUACUGGGGCUGGUGGUGGAGGACAGGCUGGAGAUCACCAACUGCUUCCCUUUCCCUCAACACACGGAGGACGAUGCUGACUUUGAUGAAGUUCAGUAUCAGAUGGAGAUGAUGAGAAGUUUGCGGCAUGUGAACAUCGAUCAUCUUCACGUGGGUUGGUACCAGUCGACCUUCUACGGCUCUUUUGUCAGCCGGGCCCUUCUGGACUCUCAGUUCAGCUAUCAGCACGCCAUCGAGGAGUCCGUUGUGCUGAUAUAUGAUCCCAUCAAGACGGCCCAGGGUUCUUUGUGUUUGAAGGCCUACAGGUUGACCCCCAAACUCAUGGAGAUUUGUAAAGAGAAGGACUUCUCAUCAGAAGGGCUGAAGAAGGCCAGCGUGGGAUUCGAGCACAUGUUCGAGGAGGUUCCCAUCGUCAUCAAGAACUCUCAUCUCAUCAGCGUUCUGCUGUGGGAGCUGGAGGAUAAAUCCACUGCUGCGGACAAACACGAGCUCCUGAACCUCUCCAGCAGUUCUCAUCUAGAGAAGAGCCUGCAGAUGCUGAUGGACCGCGUGGACGACAUGAGUCAGGACAUCGUCAAGUACAACAACCACUGCCGCAGUCUCAGCAAGCAGCAGCAACAGAAACAUCAGUACGUUCAGAGACGUCAGCAGGAGAACGCGCAGAGACAGAGCCGAGGGGAGCCUCCGCUUCCUGAGGAAGACCUGAGCAAGAUGUUCAAGCCUCCUCAGCCGCCUCCACGCAUGGACACCCUGCUCAUCGCCAGUCAAAUCAACACGUACUGCCAAACCAUCAAGGAGUUCACAUCUCAGAACCUGGGAAAGCUUUUCAUGGCUGAAGCUCUUCAAGGACCAAGCAGUUAGACCAAGGCUGGUCAUGUGAUUGGCCAAGAGUCAUUUUCUCUGGCUUUUAAUACAUUCAAUUGAUUGGAUGUUUUUAUUUCCACAUUACCAGACCAAAACCCAAGUAUAAGCUUAAUAGGUGUUUCAAUUCCCAUCAGAUAGGUCAUUUUAUUUAAGCAUGUACAGCAUAAAAGCAUGUUAUGUGUGUCAGCACGAACCAAACUGUGAACCCAUGUAUCUGUCAAUAAUGCGUGAAAAGGGAUGUUGGAAAUUUGGUAAUAAAUUGGAUCGUGUUCA